AGAGAGAGGGGAAAACAGCGCGGAAAGGAACGCUGUGAAAAAAAUCCUCUUUUAUUAGUGCGGUAAGUAAUAAUUAGGGAUGUAUAUAUUCAAUUACCAAGGGAAUUGUCUAUUGUAUUCAAAGACAAAGGGUAGAAUGCAUAAUUAAUAAGAUGUGCAUGCAUAAUGAAGUAUGGGGCUGUGCGGAAAUUUUUCCUUAAGUUCUUCAUAUUCCACAAGAGGUUCUAAAGUUAAGCACUCUGGUUCUUCAAAUGUUUUUCGUACUUUCUUUACUGGUGAAGGCCGCGUUAAAAACUCUUUAUCUUGUAAAUUCUGAAAGUGUCUCUGUGCUAAGUUGCUCUUCCAUUGCAUUUGUCGCAUGGGCAGUGUACAUGAGGUUUUCCAAGUUUCCUGAUCUCUCUUGCAUCAGGAGUUAUUUGACAAUAACAGCUAGUUAGAAUCUCUUCUGUUGGCUGCAUAUCUAAUUAAAUCAAGUCCAUCCAUCGAUCGCGUUCGCCAUUCACGUUCACCCUGAUGCUUCUUUGACACAUGCACUGACCAAACAGAUCGUGGGCGCCAGGUUAAAGCCGCUGACUAUGCAUGAAAGAUUACUGCAUGCGCCAUUUUCCACGCCAAAAUACUGUUUUAAGACGUCAACCUGGAGUGAGAGGAGUGGGAAAGAAAUUUCAGAAAAUUAUUUUCAAAUGGAAAGUUGUUUGUCCGAAAGAGACCUUUCCUUUCAUUGGUUUUCAAUUUCUCGAAACUGAUUAAUUUCAGAACAGACGACUUGAUGUAAAACGACUGACUUAUCCCAGAAUGGCAACAACAAUCCUCAAUUUUGAUCAGCAAAAUCACUUAUUACCUAAAAACUUGGGUUUACAUUUGCACAUAAAUACUUUAGUUUCACAGAGGUUCUUUGACCUCGAAAUCCCUGAGAUUCCCACACAAGUCUGAUCUACUCUUCAUGCUAACUUCGCCCCCUAUGUCUGCAAUAUGCAUGGUGGAAUUUUAUCACCAAGCGACCACACAUAACUAUAACGACACAGGUGAGCUCACGAGGAGUCAUAUUGAACGUUUCUAGCACCUAUACUUUAACUCGGAAUUAACAAAUUAAUCAAGCUCUCAGGAAUGAAAAUGAAAAAUUUGGAAUACAGAAAAUUGCUUGAACUUACAUAUAGCAUGGAGACUGAAUGUUUCAGACAAAAAAGAAAGGCAACAAAGGGAAAGUUUGUAAAGUAUGUCUCACACAGACAUGAAAGUGAAAAUAAAAAGCGAUGAGAAAAGCUGGACUCCAGAGCAAAGAGGAAAUUCGAUCAUUUCAGCUAAGCUGGCCAGUGAUGCCGUGGGAGUGGCUGUUGUAAGAAAUGAAUUUUUGAACACAAGGUGGAAAGGGGGUAUGUGAUCGCAAAGCGACAACAAUCAAGGGAGACAUUGGAAGGUAUGUAAACGAAGGCAAUGAUGUCAUCGACGUUCUACAGUUCAAAAAAGCCAUUGAAGCUGGUCAAGGAACCACAGGAGUGAAAGGAAGUUAUGUUGCUGCCAAACCUUCAAGGAUCUUUAAUGUCAAAUGGGAUGGCAAAGCUUACUCAGCAAUUGUGAAUAUGAUGAAAGUGCCGCACGAGAGUGGAGGGCAUUCAAUGUGGGUUAUGGUAAAGUAGUGCCAUGGGCCAAGUUCGAAGGAGUCAUGAAGCAGCCCGAAAAUUUGGAAACCCUAGACUCCUUAUCACAGAAUCCAAGUGGCGCACUAACGUUCAAGAUUGGGAGACACCAACAUAUUAAGAAAAGCUCUGUCAGAACAGAUUUCUCAACUGAAAGCGAAAAUCAAGAUCAAAGCUGAAUUGGGAAAUAUACUUAAGAUGACAUGCUUUUCCCAUGUCCCGAAGAAGGAUGUGUAAAAGCAUACAGUCACUUUGCAAACCUCCAGACACACCUAGAUACUGGAAAACACAAAAUGAUGCUCGAAUAGGAAACUCUCCACGUUAAAGCUAAAAGAGAAUAUUCCUCCAAGCUGGCAGAGGAACACAGUCGAAUACCAAGCGUUCAAGUUCAAAGAGUGAUGGCUUGCCGCCUCUUUCAAUGGGUUGGGCCCUGAAGAAAAUUAAGAAAAAAGUAUUUUACAAAGAAACAGACCGAAUUCUUAACUGACCAGUUUCAAAAAGAGGUGUAUAGUGGAUAGAAAAGCGAUCCACAUGAAGUUUCGAAAACCAUGAGCCUAGCAAGAGACCAAGCGGUGGGACGCCGAUUUCAACCUGAUGAAGUCCUUACCUAGCAGCAGAUCAGUGGCUUCUUCAGUUAUCAUUCAGCAAAAAAGCGAUUAGAAGUUACAGCCGCCGGUAACGAAGCAAAAGCUAGUGAAGUCUCAGAAGUGGACAUGGUGAGCGUCGAUGAGGACGAAAUUUCCGCCGAAGCUGAGAGUCAUCUAUCUGCAGUGUGUGCAAAUGUGAUGAGAGAUGUGGCUAUUAAGCAUCCGAUUGUAUCUUUCGAUCUUAACAUCUGCGAACUUGUACAAAAACGUACACUCACAACUUUAAGAGUGGAGAAGCUAAGAGACAUAUGCAUCGACCUUGGGCUAGAUAUUUCUGAAAUUUCACCUCAGAAGAGGAAAAAGCCAUUCAUCCCACGACUCACACAAUUAGUCCAGGAGUGUACCUGCUCUUCCAAGUAA